GACAACGCGGGUGCGGUGGAAAUGGAACCCCCAACGCAAUCGCCUUCAAUUGGCUUACUUCCUUCCUUCCUUCCUUCCUUCCACCACCAUUUCCAUUAUUAUCAUUAUCAUUAUUAUUUCUUUUUUUUAUUUUUUAUUAUUUUAAUCAAUUAAUUAACGCAAGCAUAGAAGAGAAGAAUCGCAAGCAGCAUUUUGUUUUUGUUUUUCCGUUUCUGCGCCAUCCUCGACUCUCUGUCUCUCCUCUUUCUCUCUCAACUUUAGAGUUCUAAUGGAGCAAGGAUCUGGGUUUUCCACUACUUCCAACCCUUCUCAGCUCUCGCGGGCAUGUCUUACAAGGAAUCUAAUACUUGCAUACCAAAGUUUUGGAGUAGUGUAUGGAGAUUUGAGUACUUCACCGCUCUACGUGUACUCAAGUACAUUUGCAGGGAAGUUGCAGAAACAUCGAACUGAGGAAGUAGUAUUUGGUGCAUUCUCCUUGAUCUUCUGGACUUUUACAUUGAUACCAUUAUUAAAGUAUGUCUUCAUUGUAUUGAGCGCAGAUGACAAUGGCGAAGGAGGAACAUUUGCUCUUUACUCCCUGCUCUGCCGACAUGCUAAGUUGAGUUUACUUCCCAACCAACAAGCAGCCGAUGAGGAGCUCUCAGCAUACAGAUACGGUCCAUCUUCUCAUGCAGUAGCCCCUUCUCAACUAAAAAGGUUUUUGGAAAGGCAUAAAACACUUAGGACAAUCUUACUUCUUGUCGUAUUAUUUGGUGCUUGCAUGGUCAUUGGUGAUGGAGUGCUAACUCCUGCAAUUUCAGUUCUAUCCUCAGUUUCAGGUUUACAAGUUACUGAAGCAAAAUUGACCAAUGGGACACUUCUUUUGAUUGCUUGUGCCAUAUUGGUUGGUCUGUUUGCUCUGCAGCAUUGUGGCACCCAUAAGGUUGCAUUUAUGUUUGCUCCAAUAGUUAUCAUCUGGCUGUUGUCAAUUUUCUCUAUUGGCUUGUACAACAUAAUACAUUGGAACCCAAAUAUUAUUCGUGCAAUCUCCCCUCAUUAUGUUCUCAAGUUCUUCAGAGUCACAGGUAAAGAUGGGUGGCUUUCUCUCGGAGGGAUUCUUCUGGCCAUAACUGGUACUGAGGCAAUGUUUGCGGAUCUUGGUCAUUUCACUGCUUUGUCGAUAAGGAUUGCAUUUGCACUUCUUAUCUACCCUUGUUUGGUCAUACAAUACAUGGGUCAAGCUGCCUUUCUAUCUAAGAACCUUAAUUUGUUUCCAAACAGUUUUUAUGACUCGAUACCUGAUCCUGUGUUUUGGCCUAUUUUUGUUAUUGCCACCCUUGCAGCUAUUGUGGGGAGCCAGGCAGUCAUUACUGCUACUUUUUCAAUUGUUAAACAAUGCCAUGCCCUUGGUUGCUUUCCAAGAGUGAAAGUUGUCCACACCUCUAAACACAUAUAUGGGCAGAUCUACAUCCCAGAAAUAAACUGGAUAUUAAUGGUCCUCACUCUUUCCAUUACAAUAGGGUUUCGAGACACGACACUGAUUGGAAAUGCUUAUGGACUCGCCUGCAUGACAGUUAUGUUCGUGACAACAUUUCUUAUGGCACUUGUCAUAGUAUUCGUUUGGCAAAAGAGUAUCCUGCUGGCUGCACCUUUUCUCAUCUUCUUCUGGUCUGUCGAGGGUGCUUACUUAACAGCAGCAAUAAUAAAAGUGCCUCAAGGAGGGUGGGUUCCGCUUGUGCUAUCAGCCUUUUUCAUGAUUGUUAUGUUUGUCUGGCAUUAUGGCACUCGCAAGAAGUACAACUUUGAUCUACACAAUAAGGUUUCACUGAAGUGGUUGCUUGGACUAGGCCCUAGCCUUGGUAUAGUUCGUGUCCCUGGGAUUGGUCUCAUAUACUCAGAAUUGGCGACAGGAGUACCUGCGAUAUUUUCUCACUUCGUGACAAAUCUCCCUGCAUUUCACAAGGUUUUAGUCUUUGUUUGUGUAAAGUCUGUUCCUGUUCCAUAUGUCUCCUCCGAAGAACGUUUCCUCAUUGGGAGAGUUUGUCCUAGACCAUAUCGGAUGUAUCGGUGCAUAGUGAGGUAUGGCUACAAGGAUAUUCAGAAGGAUGAUGGGGACUUUGAGAACCAACUGAUACUAAACAUUGCAGAAUUUAUUCAAAUGGAGGCAGAGGAACCACAAUUCUCAAGCUCCGAAAGUUCUUCAGUUGAUGGGAGGAUGGCAGUAAUAAGCACUCGGAAUAUACAAUCAAGCUUAAUAGUGUCAGGGCAUGAAGAAAUUGGUACCAGCAACUCCAUCUACAGCAGCAAAUCCGCCACACUCCAAAGUUUACGAUCUGUUUACGAGGAGGAGAAUCCACAACUAAGAAGGCGCCAAGUGAGGUUUCAGCUAUCUCCCAGCCCUUCAAUGGACCCAAGAGUUAAGGAAGAGUUAAUAGACUUGAUCCAAGCCAAAGAAGCUGGUGUAGCAUAUAUAAUGGGACACUCAUAUGUGAAGGCCAGACGAUCUUCGUCGUAUUUGAAAAAGCUUGUGAUAGAUAUCGGGUACUCGUUCCUCCGAAAGAACUGCAGAGGCCCGUCUGUUGCACUCAAUAUCCCUCACAUCAGUCUAAUUGAAGUGGGCAUGAUAUAUUAUGUUUAGUACUGUGAAGAAGAACAAUACAUAUAUUCUGAUUGUUCCGAGUAGAGAUCCCGUGGCAUCUGUAGGUUGUUGGCAGCAGAGGGUAGUAGAGGAAGAACCAACAGCAUGAUAUUGAGAUGUGUGGUAGCAUCAUCCUGAGAUUGGCUGUAGAUAAGAUUCAAGACUCAAUAUUACCUUUAUGUGAUAAGUUGGUUAAGAUUUGGAUAAUGCUUUUUCCAAAAUGAAGAGUGGAUAUGAUGUUUGUGGGAGCAGACGUCAUUGUGAGUUGUUUUAGAAAUAGGAAAAGGCUUAAACUCAACACCUGAAAUGGGUUCUUGGAAACAGGAAAGGUUUGGAGUUGGACGCUUUUUUAUUUAUUUAUUAUUAUCUUUUACAUCUUCUGUAAGCAAUUAGUAGGACAAAGUAUAAAAUAAACCAAACCGUUCGUAGUUCAAUAAACUUUUCAGUAUUGUCGAUA